AGAGCGGCGAGCUGAACCUGCAGCUGCUCGUCCACCGCCACUAUUGCCAACGAGCUCAUUCACCAUCAUAUCAAGUGAUUGCAAAUUUGUCAUCAUAAAACGAACCUCAAAUAUAUGUUACAUCAUUAUAUCUUUACAAAUACAGACAGUCUCGUUGUAUACAGGAGAGCUCACUGCAAACCAUCACCUCUGCUCCUUCUGGUCAUACGAACAACAUCACUCAGCUAUCAGUCAGGAUGAAGCAAGAAGAAGCCUUUACAGAGGACCAGGUCCGCACUUUGAUGCUUAUGGAGCGCAUAGGAGGAUCCAUUAGCCUGUUUGCCGUCAUCUUCAUCUUCAUUGCUUAUGCGCUCGUUCCCCGGGCGCGCAACGUCCAAAAUACAUUCAUCGUCUUCGCCAGCAUCGCCAACGUUGGGGCGAGCAUUGCGAGCAUCAUCGCAUUCGAUGGUCUCAAAGUCGGCAAACCUUCUGCCCUGUGUCAGGCACAGAGCUUUCUCUUUGAAAUGUUCAUGCAAUCUGAUCCAUGGUGGUCUCUUGCCAUGGCAAUCAAUGUCCUUCUCGUCUUUUACUUUCAUGCCACUCCGGAGUCGUUUCAAACUUGGUGGUGGGUCUACUGUAUCAUUUGCUACGGCGGACCCUUUACCAUUGCACUGGUUCUGCUAUUUGUUAAGAAUCCAGAGCGAGGACCAGUGUAUGGUGAAGCAACAAUAUGGUGCUGGGUUGACCGUCGAUGGGAUGAUAUUCGUAUUUACACUUACUACAUGUUGAUUUGGGUGUGCAUUGUUGGUUCAAUCUUGUGCUAUGCGUUGGUCGGAUACUAUGUCUUUCGAACGAGGAACCGACUCAGGAGCUUUUCCAGUUCCAAUGUGAAAGACGGCCGCCUUCCUCAGGUGCGAACUGACCCUGGCGACGGAUGUUACGGCACAGUGGUUACUGAAGUUCAAAUCAUCCAUUCAGAGGUUCCGUCUCUCGCACAUGCCGACAAUCACAUCAUCAGGAACCAUUCCAAAGUAUCCAUGACUUCAACCGGAAGUCAAGAACGUGAGCGCUUUGAAGGUCGUAGCCAGGCCUCGCCCGUUCAUUCGGAAAGCCACUUUUUCUCUUCCGUCGUGUCCAACAACCAGUCUGCCCCCGCCAAACCACCCAUUGCAUCACGAGUUAUGACCUCCAUAUGCUCCAUUGCGUCCAAGUUUGUUGUUGACGACCCCAUUAAGCGAGCCUAUCUGCGGACGAGUUUUCUAUUUGCCAUUAGUGUACUGGUAACCUGGAUUCCGAGCAGCCUCAAUCGCAUUAACAGUUGGUUACAUGGACAGAGUCCAUUCGAGUUUCACGUCGCUACCGCUGCAGUUCUUCCUCUGCAAGGCUUAUGGAACGCAAUCAUCUUUUUCGUCACUAGCUGGGCAACAGUGCGUCGCAAUUCAAUUGCGACCAAGGUCGUCGGCAACCGAGACGUUACGGAACAUCACAGGAUGGAGGCGCUGCCUGCUAAGAGUAGGUCAUCUAAUGGGCAGGAUUCUUGGCCUGGACGGGUUUAG